GGUUAUAACAUUCAUAUUGGCAAUAGUUUUUAUUUGAACUUUAACUGCAUUAUCUUGGAUUGUAAACAUGUGGAUAUUAGGGACCGAGUAAUGUUUAAUCCUAAUGUGGAGGAGAGAGUUAAAGGUGACGAACUUGCAUUUCCUAUUAAGGAGGUGGCACAAUUAUUUGCCCUGGAAUCACUAUUGGUAAUAGGUUCGUGGUAA